UACAUUUGGCAGGUCGACGCAUUGGCAGCUCUCCUGGCGGUCACACAGUCCCGCAGUACGGCUUUAUUUUCCUCCUGUCAUCAGAGUUUUUUCAACCGUCGACCCAACGCAUUUCAAAGCGUCCGUGCGCGCGUUCAGGACAUCCAGUGUUUCCUCUACAGCUCCCCUGACGUCAGCGGCUGUCAUUGAAAACAAUCCGGUCGCCGCGUCAGAUGAAUGAAACGAACGGAAUGCACGCGAUAGCCACUUGCCUGUUAGCCGCAGCUGUUUCUUAUUGGUACAGCGAUGUGAUCCUGACUGCACUCCGUUAUUUUACUGCAGACUCGAGCCUCGGCGGGGACAUGCCGGAACCUGAGGGAACCCGCCGAUCACCGCAAGGUGUCCCCUACACCGACCUACCACACAUCGUCAAUGCCGACGGACUGUACUUGUUCUGCCAUUACUGGGAGCCCGACGGUCCACCGAAGGCAUUGGUGUUUGUUGCCCAUGGAGCAGGAGAGCAUUGUGGGGGAUAUGCCGACAUUGCUCACAGUCUGACCCAACAUGGCAUGCUGGUGUUCGCCCACGACCAUGUUGGUCAUGGGAAGAGUGAAGGUGAGAGAAUGAUUAUUAAAAACUUCCAGACUUACAUCAGAGACUCCCUUCAACACAUCGACAUCGUAAAGGGGCGUUACCCGAACUUGCCGGUCUUCAUUGUUGGCCACUCAAUGGGAGGGGCCAUUUCUAUUCUGACUGCUUGUGAGAGGCCGCAGGACUUUGCAGGUGUGGUUCUUAUCGCCCCCAUGGUUCAAAUGAAUGCUGAGUCUGCUACUCCCUUCAAGAUUUUUGUGGCUAAAAUUUUAAACCGGUUGGCUCCAAAGCUCCCUCUCGGCAGAAUUGAAUCAAGAUGGGUUUCACGGGAUCCCAAACAGGCGGAGGCAUAUGACACCGAUGAGUUAAAUUAUCACGGAGGCGUGCGCGUCUCGUUUGGGAUGCAGUUGAUGGAUGCGGCGGAUCGCAUUGAGAGAGAACUGCCUAACAUCACAUGGCCCUUCUUUCUUCUUCAUGGCGAUGCUGACAAUAUUUGUGACAUAAAAGGUUCUUAUCUAAUGUAUAAUGUGGCCAAGAGCACUGAUAAAAAACUGAAGGUAUAUGAAGGAGCUUACCACGCCCUACAUCACGACUUACCCGAAACAAGUGAAUCCGUCUUGAAGGAGGUGAGCGCUUGGAUUCUGGAGAGGCUGCCUACUCCCAAUGGGCCUUAGCUGUCGAUCACUACAUGCACAUUUGCCUAAAACCCACCCACUGUACUGAAAAAAGGGAUGUCUGACUGCACUGCAUGCCAGCAAAACUACACUCAUUAUGAUUCAUCUAGGAGAAGAGGUCAUUGGUAGGUGAACUUUAACCCUAAAGCUCUGUAAAGAAUUAGUGUGGUGAAGUUAGGGUUCUGUGAAGGUUUGUUUUGAGACAGUCACCCGUACUUCAAAGGCAUCAGCACUGCAGGGCAUUACUCAUGUGUCAACAUAGCAAUCAUAAUGAGGAAAAUAAUGAACCCAGUUAGCUCUCUUGCGUGUUGCCACGGUUAUUGAACACAGCUGCAGUUUGCUCUUUGCCAUGUUCAGGGCUCAUUAGAGAUGCAGUGCUGCCCCUGCUGGACAACAGCAACAUUACAUUCUGCUUUGAGCUCAGUUACCAAGGCAACUUAAAGAUUUAUUGCCUAUGCAUUGGCAGAAAAACAAAUUGAAUCUAAAGAGAUGGUAAUGUGUUGUCCUUAAUGUCUGCCAGGCAACUUUAGCACUGCACUAACAGAGAUUAAACAGACUAUCUCUGACUAUCUCUAUGCAGGGGUUACUGAUUCCCACACAAGAGAGUAUAAAAAGGCUUAUGAGUUUCUUUUUGUGGUUUGACUGUUUAAAUAGACUGUUCCACUUCUUAUUAAAUCAUAGCUGUUACUUCCUUAUGGGAUACCCAUUCUUUUAUUGUCCAUGGUUUGGACGGCUCUAUUACUUACUGAAACUAAAAUAGUUACUGUUAAAAUUGUAAUAUGUUCACAAUAGCUUUUGUGACCUCAGGGUUAAAGAGAGCUCAGCCAGGGUGCUCAUGGGGGUUUGUAGCUAUAAUAAACAUUCAAUUGUAAACGGUCAGUCUUUCAUACCAGCUUAACAUUUAAGGCGUCUGAGAAUUGUUCUGAUUCAGACAAAAGGGGUUUUUGUUACUUUGCCUGCGAUGAUUAGAGGCAUUUUAUCGAUGAAUGUGAAUCAAUAAAGUUUUUUUUAUUCCUGAACUUGGCACAUUUGUAAUAGAAGAAACACAGCAAGUAUUGUUAAAAUUUUGUAUAUUGUCAAUGAGCCAUGAAGAAUAACACUAAUAUCUGUGAUUUGAGUGCAUUAAUGGUAUGUCUAGCACAAUAUUGUACAUACAUCGUGGAAGGAAAAUGUAUGUAGAUAGAAGUGAUAUAGUUUGGAUAUUUGUUUUAUAUGUCAUAAGUUUUAUUAAGGAAGUCUUGCUUUCACAAAUUAGAUUUACAAUCUCAUCUCAGAUGUAGAUGUCAAAUAU